CCGGAUUUGGCCCAUGGGCCGGAGGUUGAGCACCUUUGAUUUAGAAGUAGAGGUGGUUAUACUGCUCUAAUUAUGCCAGUGCAAUUAAAACUACAGCAUCUGUAAAACCCAAGGCUUAUGCAUUCACAAGGUGACAUUUUCAAUUUGGAAACGUAUUGCCCUCCCCCAACCCACUUAAAAUGUUCAAGUACUUAUUGUUUGGGAACUAACUUACACAACAGCUGCUUUUAUAAGAUAUAGACAUGGAAAUAUAAGACGCAUAACUGCACUUCUGUAGAUUUUAAGCAAUGGCCCCUGGAAACGAGCUGAAGAACUCCAAACUCCUCUUACCAUGUGAAUGGCAAGGAUGUCUCUUUGUAGGAAAAGGCAUGGAGGAGCUUUUUAGCCACAUUGCAGAGCACUUGAACGAAUAUCUACAACUAGAAAGAGCAGAGCAGUACCAGUGUUGGUGGAGAAGUUGUGACUUUUUGGCUGCAGGUCCCAGGGAACUGGUAACUCAUAUAAAUUUUCAUGGUUACCACACCAAGUUGAAAUUCAUAGGUUCUCAGCUUAAGUCCGCACAUCAAGAUUUGCCAGUAUGUUCCCAGAAUAUCCAUAACCAGAAUCAGAUACCAAAGAUUUCAGAGGUGUUUAUUUGUCAUUGGGAGCAGUGUGACGUUACCUUCAGUAAUCCAGAAUGGUUUUAUCAGCAUGUUGCCAUGCAUGCCUACGGUACUGAAAAAGAAACUGUUUCCGGUAACAAGAAUGUUGUUUGUUGCCAUUGGAAAGACUGUUUAGGAAUAUUUAAAGGAAAGCACAAGUUAAGGGAUCACUUAAGAACCCACACUCAAGAAAGAGUUGUGGCCUGUCCCUCUUGUGGAGGAAUGUUCUCCAAUAACACCAAGUUUUUUGAUCAUAUCAAGCGACAGGUUUCAAAGGAUAAACAAAUAUUUGCUUGUCAGAACUGUAACAAACACUUUGCAAAUGAGAGGUUACUGCGAGAUCAUAUGAGGGGACAUGUCACCCGCAUUACUUGUCCAUUUUGUGACAUGGUAUGUACCAGCAUUUCCUCUGUGAAAGUGCACAUCAGAUUCCGACACUGCAAUGAACGCCCUUUCCAUUGUGAUCACUGUGAGAGCAGUUUUAAGAAUGCAUAUGAUCUGCAGAAACAUGUUGAAACACACAAUGAUUCAGAUGCCUACAGCUGUGACAUAGAAGGAUGCAUUUUUACUGCCCGGACUUUACAGACUUUAAGACAGCAUUACAAGAAAGCACAUGUGAACAGCACUCAAAAAUACAAAUGUCACAUCUGUCAGAAGUGUUUUUCUUGGUGUUACCCAUUAACCCUCCACCUUCGCAAAACACACAAACUCAGCUGUCCUUCUCGCUUCAGAUACAGAGAAGCAGAUGAUGGAUAUUUGAAGCUGAAUGUAGCAGUUUAUAAUACUAUUACAGGUUUAGAUCAGGGUCUUGUGAGCAAGACAUCAUCUUCAUUAGAUCAUAAUAAUGUUAAAAGAGAGAGAGAUGCCUCUUACAGAAGAGGCAGUUCAUCAGUGGAAGUACCUCUCACAAGGUGUCAGCCCUGGCCGCAUAAUACUGCAGAAAAUGUCAUUGUAGAAACAGAAACCUCUAUAAAGAAGUCAGUCUAUUCUGAACUUCAGACUGCUCCUCUGACUUCCGAAGAGUUUGUUACUCCCGUUGAGCUUGAUGGAACAACAUCUUUGAGCAUUACUGAAAAUGUAUUUGAAAUUGCGCUGGGCUUGGGAAUUCAGAUUACUGUUUAGGGGUGGGGAAACUGGCUUUGUUUUUAGAGUUACCAAAGGACUUUAGUACUCAUUUAAGAAAAGUUAA